AUGACAUCAUCGUUUCCUAAUAACGCCGCUGCAACCGCUCUCCGCUCCCUCGUCGAUUUCGGGAACUCGCUUCUCUCCGAGCUCCUGCGUUUCCGCGCCAACCUACCGCGAGACUUCCUCCGUUCAAUCACACUCCCUACACCACCACCUCCAUCGACAUCCACUCAGCUCAAUCUCACGCAAACCCCAUCGCCGUCUACCGAUCUCCCCUUCCCGCUAUGGGACUUCGAGUACUUACGCGCGCCGGACGACCGCGAGCGCGAGCUGCGCGAUCGCCCGGACGAGUGGAGCGCGGAGCGCGCGUGGUGGACGGCGCACGGCGAGCAGCUGGUGGGGUUCGUGCUGCUGCUGGCGGCCGCGCUGAAGCUGUACCGCGCGCUGAGGCAGACCAUCGAAGGGCUGCGGCGUGGCUUGUUCCUCGGGAGCUCGCUGGAAGGCGUGGUGGGCGGAGAUGAGGGCGACGAGAUGCAGUCGCUGCUGCUGCAGGUGCUUCACACUCACGCACUUCUGCUUCUCCUCCUCCACCAUCUCUUACCCAACCAAUCACGUGAGCGCUUACUCAUCGCUGCGUACCGCCACUGGUGCCGAACCUCCGGGCCAGGCUCGGGGGAGGCCCUGGGUGAGAUCUUGACUCGCGACUUCGACGACCUAUGUCAGCUGUGCCGAACCACAGGAGCAGGGUCGGGAGAACCGGAAGUUCAUAAGGGGACUGCAGGAGGACAGGCAACGGACAAGAAAGUGGGGAGCAGCAGCAAAGCGGACGAUGGCAGCAGCAGUGCCAGCAAUGAUACCGACGCCUUCCUGUGGUCCCCAUUCCCAAGAGAGUGCUUCGACAUAACAAAGCUGGGCCUCGUUUCAGGCUUGGACUCAGGUUCGGGCUCAGGCCUGGGAUCAGGUUUGGGUUCAGAGGGCUCUGGUCUUGGCAUUGGAGGGGCGGAGACAGCAGCGUUUUUGUCGCUACCGUGUGUGAUAGCGCCCACAGACUCCCACAGCCUGGAGCAGCUCUUCUCCCGCUUUGCCCCCCCGCCUGACGUCACAUGGAUGGCCAUCCAGGCCCUGCUGCGGAAACAAGCUGUUGCUGUCGACUCCUCACCUGCUUCUUCCUCAGCUUCGAACUCAGCUGCUUCCGCCUUCCUCUCGUCUAUUGUACACAAAUCCACGUACUCCUCGCCUCUCUCCUCUUCAACGCAAGAAGCAGGAACAGCAGGAGCAGCAGAAAGAGGAGCGUUAGGAGCACAUACACCCCAUGACACUCUCUCUGCAGUGGCAGCAGUCACAGCCUCCCUUCCCUCCACCUCAUCUCUCAUCCUGCUGCUCUUCUUCCACCCCUCCUCGCUCCGUGCCGACCUGCCCUUCAUGCACGAGCUCGUCCACCGCAGGCUGCUCGCCCUGCCCCCCUCCCCCCCCUCCUCUUCCUCCUCCGCGCCACCUGCUGCUGCCGCUGCUGCUGGGGGCUGGAGCCUCUGGAAGCAGCGAGCGCCGCUGCAGAAGCAGCAGCAGCAGCAGCAGCAGCAGCAGCAGCAGCAGCAGCAGCAGCAGCAGCAGCAGCAGCAGCAGCAGCAGCAGCAGCAGCAGCAGCAGCAGCAGCAGCAGCAGCAGGGAGAAAGCGGCGGCGGUGGUGGAGGAGGAGGAAGAGCCAGUGACCCAGCAGCAGCAGGGGCAGCGGCAGUGGGAGGGUUGACAUGGGUGGUGCCCAUAUUCCUCGGCUUUUCCCUGGACCUCUCCAUAGCCUGGCAGCACUUCCCUGCUGCCCGCUCUGCCCUUGCCCUGCACCUCUCGCCAACCUCUGCCUUGCACGUGGCUCAGGCGCUGGUGCACGUGCUGCCAGGGGUGCAGCAGGCGGUGGGUAGGGCCAUGAGUCGGCUGAUGCAGCAGAGCGCGGGGGGGUGGGAGGAGGAGCUGUGGGGUGGCAAGCAUGUGGGCGGUGGGGUCGCUCGUGGUAGUGCCGCUGGCGCUGCUGCUAAUGAUGAAAGCAGCAAUACCAGCAGCAGCACGAUUUACACCACUGGUACCAGCAGCAGCAGUAGUACAGAUUCAAAGAGUUCCUCCUCGUUCCUCUGCUCCGUGCCUGGCCUGGCAGUGCUGCGCAGUGCACGAGAAAUUCUCUCCCUCAUCCGCCACACAGCCGCUCUUCUUAGAUGGCUGCUGCAGCACCGUGCCUCUCUCGCGCUGCACCUUUCCCUGCCUAUCAUUCUCACCAACCACCGUCUUGCCCGCUCAGCCCAACUCCACGCACACGCCCGUGCUCGCACUGCUGCUGCCGCUGGCCUGUCAUCCCCUGGCUGGUCGGAGGCAAGCCAGGUGGCUGCUGAGGUAGCUGGGGACUUGCUCUUGCCGGAAGUAACAGAGGCUGCCACGUGUCUCUCCGCCAUCAUUGCCCGCAGAGAGGACAGCUGGCACCGCCUGAGGCAGGCGGCGUGCGCACGGUUGGACGGCCUGGCUCGGCUGUUUGCGGCGGGGCAGGGUGUGGAGGGAGAGGGGAGAGGUGCAGCAGGGGGUGCGGGCAGGGGGGGGGCUGAGAGUGGGAGCAGAGGAGGGGAUCGGCGAGCGGUGGGAGAUGGGGUGGAGGGGAUGGCGGGCAUGGGGUGGAAGGAAGGGGCGGAUGGGAGCAUUGGAGAGUGGUUCCAACGACUGUCGUGGCAGGUGUCGCACUGGCAGCACCCAGACGCCUCCUCAACGCCAGCCAGCCUGCAGCAGCUCUCCCUCGCCCUCGCAGACGCUGCCUCCCUGCACCACAUUCAGUCGCACCCCCUCGCCGCCCAAUCCCUGCACGCCACCUGUCGUCUGCUCCAGGACAUGGCUCUAGUGCAGGCCAUUCGAGGCGACCACCUUGCAGCGCUCUCUGCUGCUGCCGAGCCUGGGUUCCUCUGGGCGCUGCUGCCGAGCCUGCUGCCAUGGCUGCAGGCUCGAGUGAGGCUGCAGCCAGAGUGCCUGGGGCAGGUGGGGUGCUUGCUGGUGUUAAUGCGGUCAGGAGUUGAUGGUACUGCUGUCUCCUUGCGUGCUGCCUCUGGAGGUGCAAGAAAGCAUGUUGGCACUUGUCGUGAUUCCAGUGACACUGGUGCGUCUGGCGGUAGUGGCACGAGGAGCAGGGACGAGUGGGCAGGGGGCGCGUGCCAUGCCGUGGUGGUGGCACUGCGCCUCAUGCUCAGGCGCCAUGCAGCCUCCAUUCUGCAAGCCGGCUUCUCUCAGGCGCUUAACACCCUGCACGGCGCAGGGCCGCGGCAGCAGGGGGAGGAGGGGAAGGCGGAUGGGGGAAAGGGCAGUGGGUGGGCGGGGCUGUGGUCCUGGGGGGGAAAGGGAGGGGGUGUGGAUGGGGAGGGGGAUGAGGGGAAAGGGGCGGGGGAGGAGGGGGGAGGUGGUGGGGAGAGGAGAAGGGAGGGGUUUGAGAGGCGGGUGUUGCAGAUGGAAAGGGAGUUGGGUGCAUGGGAGUACUGCACGUGCCUGUUUGAAGACGUGCUUAUCCAAAACACCCCUGCCAGCAUCCCUGCUGGCUCUGCCUCUGGCACCACCGUCCACACUGCCGCCAGAAUCAGCCUUACCGCCUCUGCUCCUCCCCAUGUGGCCUUGGCAGGCAGUGAUGCCGGUCUGACGGCCGGUAGCAGCAGGGGAGGGGCAGCAGGAGCAGGGGAAGAAGGGCCAGGCUUUGCACGAACGGCAGAGGGGCUUGUGGCUUUGGACUGGGCGCUGAGGAGAGAAGAGGAGGAGCGAGUGAUGCAGGCGGUGGAAGUAGUGGGAGGUAUGGCGAGGGAGCGGAGGCAGGUGCUGCUGCAGCUGGUAGGGGAGCUGAGAGAGGGGGGAGUGCAACGGCGUGAGCAAGGAGAGGAGGAGGUGGGAGGAGGUGAGCAGCGGCGGCAUGUGCGGAAGACUGGAGGUGGAGGAGGGGGUGAGUCUGCAGUAUCUGUAUCAGUGGGGAGGGCAGCGAGGACAGCAGUUGCCAUGGGGAGGCACGUGUUGGCAGCAUAUAGUCGAGCAGAGACCAGCAUGGCCCAACCGGUGGCACGGGGAGAUGCGUGGGGCACGGGGGGAGUAGGACAGAGGGGCGACAGCACGGCAGGCAGGGGCGUGGCAGGAGGUGCAGGAAAGGCUGGUGCUUUCACGGCGGCAGCGUCAACAGGCGAAUCUGGCGCCGUGGCAGGCAGAGCUGCUGCUGCUGCUGCUGCUGCGCUUUCGGCAGAACGUCACAAUGUCCAAGAUAUUGCCGCGACGGUGACAGGUGUCGCGAGGGCACUGGCGGAGGUGGGUCAGGUGCGGCUGGUGCGGGGGCUGGUGCGCAUGGCUGCAUGCGCUGCCAUGGGGUGUGAAACCCCCGCCGCUGCCCGGUCCGUGGAGUGCCUGCUGGCCUCCCUGCACCCACACACUGCUACUCGCACUCACAUUGCUGCACGGAAUGCUGAGGUUAAUGCUGCUACUGUAGUUACUAGCACAACAGCCAUGGCCUCCGCAUUUGCUUCUCGUCAGGUCCUCUCAGGCCUCUCCUUCAGCUCUGCCGUCAGAGGCACCGAGCUCGCCACCCGCAUCAUCCCCUCGGUUCCCCAAUUAGCAGCUCCCCGCGGCCUAGGUGUCUCCGCGCUCUUCAGCUCGCGCAAAGCCGCCGUCCCCGCUAAGAGCGUCCCCGCCACGAAGCUGCGCACGGAGGACGGCAUCUUCGGCACGUCGGGCGGUUUCGGCUUCACCAAGGCGAACGAGCUGUUCGUGGGGCGCGUCGCCAUGCUGGGCUUCGCGGCGUCGCUGCUGGGCGAGGCGAUCACGGGCGCGGGCAUUCUGUCGCAGCUCAACAUCGAGACGGGCAUCCCCAUCACGGAGACCGAGCCGCUGCUGCUCUUCUUCAUCGCCUUCACCGUGCUCGGCGCCAUCGGCGGGCUGGGCGACCGCGGGCGAUUCGUGGACGACGAGCCGGUGGGGCCGCCCGUGAAGCCCGGCAGCAUCAAGGCGGCGCUGGGGUUGAAGGAGGACGGGCCGCUGUUUGGCUUCACCAAGGCGAACGAGCUGUUCGUGGGGCGGCUGGCGCAAUUAGGGUUUGCGGCCAGCCUGAUCGGCGAGGUGAUCACGGGCAAGGGCGCGCUGGCGCAGCUCAACAUCGAGAUUGGCGUGCCCGUGUGGGAGCUCGAGCCGCUGCUGCUCGCCAGCAUCGCCUUCUUCUUCGUCGCCGCCAUCAACCCCGGUACAGGGAAAUUCAUUAAUGACGACGAAGAGUGA